CAACAAAAUACAACCGUUAGAGCUACGAGCCGCUCCUCCUCCUCCUCCUCCUCCUCCUCUCAUAAAAAAGCUGUCAAAGAUCUGUUUCUCUCUCUACUCUUGUAUAUUCAGAAUUUAGAAAAUCUCUGGCGAUGUCGAGGAUGAGAUCUCUCCUGAAACCACCGCUACCCAAAUCUCCGAUCCGUCUCCGAUCACGUCAAGUCUUCCUCCACUCAUCUCUCCAAACACCAGGUUCGCAGAAGCAGCAGCAAGGAAGGCGAUUGAGUGGUGUAGAUCUAAACCCUAAACCCCAAAUCGAAUACUCAUCAAUCUCUAAAGAGAUACAUGCUUUAGCCAAGAUGGUUAAAGACGAGUUUGCAGAAGCAGAGGAUCGCAAAAAGCCGAAUCUGGAGAGCUUGGCUGCGAGUUCGGUUCCGGUAUUCGAGAGAGGGAGGUUUUAUGAGGAGUAUUCAGCUAAGAGGAACGAGCGAUUGAGGAGGAAGAAGAAAGGAGAAGAUGAUGCUGCUGUUGUUGUUGAAGGGAAAGGAACUCCUUAUCAUCUUGGUGUGAAUCAUGAGCCGAUGACGAACAAGAGAAGAGGAACCUCGGCUAAGAAGAAGACUGUGGUGGGUGAGACUAGUGCUACGCCUAGGUAUUCCUUGAGGAGUAUGACUAAGGAGAAUAGGAAGCCACCGCUUCCGGUUAAUGUCUCUGUAAGUGCAAUCAAGAGUGUUACUACUACUCGCAGGGGUAGGAGAAUCUGAAAACCUCAGUCUUCUUCUUGUUGUUUCUGCUUUUGUGGAUUUCGAUUAAAUCCAAAAUGAUAUUUUUUCUUUUUCUUUUCGGGGAUGUUUUUUCUUUUCUUGAUUACUACAUUGAGAUAAGCUUUAUUAUCUACAGAUGUUUUUUUUUUUUGGUACUCUCAUUUGAACGCUUUUUUGUGUUAUCUUACUUGAAUAGCUUGCUUUGAGUUGGUUUUACUCAUCAUUAUA